AUGAAGAUGCCCAAGAAGACUGUGGAUCAGCAAAUGAAAGAACUGUUCGAACAUUUUAGCAAGCAAGAUCAUUCUGAGUCGCAUAUUGAGAGCUUAGAAGAACCCUGGCUCUAUAGUAUUUGGGAUGUUAACCAGAAGUUCCUUUUCUGUCAGAAUAACAUUUUGGUAGCGGCCCCACGUAAUUCCAACUCACAAGAGGAGCUCAUAGCUGUGACUCCCAACAGAAAUAUCAAGCAAAAAGACGAACAUACAUACCCUAUCUUUAUAGGCAUCAAUGGUGGCAAGCAGGUCUUAUCGUGUCUGGAAUCUGGAGGCCAGCCUAAGCUUCAGUUAGUGGAGAAAGAUAUUAUGACACUCUACUAUAAUAACGAAGAACACAAGAACUUCACCUUCUUCAGUAAGACUGGACAAACCCAGGAGGCCUGCAGUAUUGAAUCCAUAGCUUUCCCGGGAUGGUUCUUAAGCACUUCCCCGGAGCCAGACAAGCCUGUUGCUUUCAGUCAUGAAGGAGGAACCAUGAUAACUCUGUUUUAUUUUGACAAAAAGAAAUGAAUCAGAACUGUUAUUUUUAAGGAGAAAUGAAGCAGAGAAUUGUGCUGAAUCCUACCUAUAUUUAAUUUCAAUCUUUUGAAGUCAAAUACAAGACCCUAUAUAGGCUAGAUGUGUAACAUACCAAAAUAGAAGGAGAAAUAUUUGUUUAAACAAAUGAAAACAAUAUAAUCUUGCAUGGCCACAGAACACAUCCCCAUAACAAAGGGACAUCCAUUUUUCCCCUGAUGUAUCUGGUUGGUAAGCUCUCCCUUUCCUUCAUUAACUGGUCCAUAUCAGCUAUGUGUAAGCAUUUUGGCAGAGAUGCCAUAAUUGUAGAAGCUGAGUUUUGUCUUCCAAUUGCUUUCAUAAACUAUAUUAACAGCAAUUAAUGGUA